UCCACUAUGUUGUUUGAGUUGUAUCAAACGUUUUGACAGGUAAACAAUUAGCAUUUUCGCGGUUACCGAAAGCAGUCAUGACUACGCUAGAAGACAAAAUUCUGGGUGAGAAAGUUCACUGCUACUGCAGCAGUAGUGAAAGUGAGGAAGAGAAAUCAGAAGAUGAGAGUGAAACACCAAACGCCGUAGCGGGCGCUGAAGGAAAGUCAUCGGAUGUACCUCCGCCUGACCCAUACAAAUGGGAGGGAUAUUCCACAAACACCGGCCCUAAAGGAGUGGUUCAGGAUUGGCGGCGAUAUAAACAACUGGAGAUUGAGAAGCGCGCCGAACAAGAAAAGGAGCGGUUGGACCUGAUAAAAAAACUUUCCUUGACGUGUAGAUCAGCAUUAGAUGAAGAGAGAGACAAAAACGAGGAGCUAGAUCCCGAACUUGCAGAGCUUUUGAAUGACGAGAACAUUUUACUUGAAUAUCAGAAACAAAGGAUGCAAGAAAUGAUGCAGCAGAUAAGUUCGCUUCCAAGAUUUGGCAAAGUUAUAGCUUUGACCAGUGGAGAAGAAUUCCUUGAUGCAAUAGAUAAAGAACAUAAAUCUGUCACUAUCGUCGUCCAUAUAUAUGAAGACCACGUACCAGCAUGUGAAGCAAUGAAUGGCUGUCUUUUGAAUUUAUGCCAGGAAUAUGCGAAUGUUAAAUUUUGCAAAGUUAUUGGAUCAGCUGCUGGUGUCAGCAAACGUUUCAAAAUCAAUGGAGUGCCUGCAUUGUUGGUUUAUAAAGGUGGCCAGUUGGUAGGAAACUUUGUGCGUGUCAGUGAGGAGUUAGGCGAUGAUUUUUUUAUGGAAGACGUCGAGAGUUUUCUUCUUCAGCACGGCAUGCUUCCUGACAAAUCAUGUGUACCUGCAAUUAUAAGGCAACAGAAAGAUGAUGAUGACGAUGGUAAUGCUAGUGACCUUAGUUUAGAGUAACAAGUAUUCCAAGAAACUGUCGAAGCUAACUAUUUUAUCAAAAAACUUUUAUGAGUGCAGUUUGUAACUAUUUCUAAAGUCACUAUAUGUUAUGUUAACACAAUUUAAAAAAUUGUUAUAGUUGAUGCUCUUAAUGUGAAAUUAUAUAAAUAUAUAUAUCUACCUGUGUGUGUGUGUAUCAUAAAAGAAAUGAGAUAUAAUGUAGUGCUUUAGAAGCUACUGUUAAAAAUAUAUUUGUGAUCCAUAAAAUUUAUUUACUGAAAAUUUUUAACGCAACAUUACCUUCUCAGCUCCUAAAGUUUUGAAGAAAUUUAUUUUUCAAGGUACCUGUGUUUAUGCAGGAAAACAAAACGUAAUGAGUGAGGUUAUAACAUAACAUUAAAACAUUUAAAUCAUAUUUAUUUAAAAUGCAACUUCAUGUGUGUUGAGACUCAACCAAAAUUUAGUUAACACAAACAGAUCCAUUUAAUUAAGAACAACACACAUUCGGAUUAGCAGCUACAUUAACAAGUUUCUUGUAAAAUACUAAAUUGUUUAUUACACAGUCUGUACUGCAUCUAAAAAUAAUGAAAAAUAAAGUAAAAAUUAU